AGAGCAGAGAGCAGGAGAGGGCGGAGGGCUGGGGCUGAGCGACACAGAGAGGUGGCCCCGGCACACACAUCCAACUUCCUUUUCUUCACGUAGACAGACCGGUGGCAGCAGUACAGCAGCAGGACGGCAGCGGCUCCACAGGGUGGGAGCUGGUUCUUGGAAGAGACGAGGUCCAGGACAUGGAUCCCUGGGGGGUCUUUUUCCUCUGUUUAUGCUUCAUGACUGCUCAGAGUGAGACCAUGGAGGCAUCCCAAGAACCCCUGCACUGGAUGAAGAAGCUGGAGAGGAUGGUCAGGAGCCGCAGCUCAAUUUCUCUUCCUGGCCUCAUCCGGGACCUGGAGUGCAGCCUGUUGAACGCCAGCUUUGGGGGCAGCAACCUGACCUUGCAGACGCCCAACAUCCAGGCGCUGAUCUUCAAGCUGGGCUGCAACUUUGCCGGCCUCUCGCUGAACAGCACUACCAUGAAGCGGGUCCCCCAGGCCUGGGUCCCCCACGCCAUGCAGUUCCCCGCGGAGCUGACCCAGGACGCCUGUAGGACCCGCCCCAGGGAGCUGCGGCUCAUCUGCAUCUACUUCUUCACAGACCACUUUUUCCAGAACACCAACUCAUCUCUGCUCAAUAACUACGUCCUGGGGGCCCAGCUGGGGCGUGGACAUGUGAACAACCUCAGGGACCCGGUCAACAUCAGCUUUUGGCACAACCGGAGCCUGGAAGGCUACACAGCAACCUGUGUCUUCUGGAAGGAAGGAGCCAGCAAGGAUUACUGGGGGGCCUGGAGUUCUGAGGGCUGUCGCACAGAGCAGCCCUCACCUUCCCAGGUGCUCUGCCGCUGCAAUCACCUCAGCUACUUUGCUGUUCUCAUGCAACUCUCUCCAGCUCCGAUUCCUGAAGAGCUGCUGGCCCCUCUCACGUACAUCUCCCUGGUGGGCUGCAGCAUCUCCAUGGUGGCCUCACUACUCACUCUGCUGCUGCACUUCCAAGCCAGGCAGCAGGGUGACUCCAUAACACGUAUCCACAUGAACCUGCAUGCCUCCGUGCUGCUCCUCAAUGUGACCUUCCUGCUGAGUCCUUCGCUGGCUCUGCCCUCCACGUCCGAGACGGCGGCGUGCAAAGCACUGGCUGCCAUCAUGCACUUUGCGCUGCUCAGCUGCCUCACCUGGAUGGCCAUUGAAGGCUUCAACCUCUACCUCCUCCUUGGGCGUGUCUACAACAUCUACAUCCACCGAUACUUGCUCAAGCUCUGCGCGGUGGGCUGGGUGGCCACUGCCAUGAGAGCUGCUCGUCAUCCCUGUCAGUGCUCACCUCUACUUUCUGCACCUCUAUUUUUGUCGCCCAUUCUACCUCCAACACCUCAUCUCCUCCAUCUCCAGCACCUCCAUCACCAUCACUUCCAACACUUCCACCAUCACCUCGUCUACCUCCAACACCACCAUCGCCUCUACUGUCAUCUCCACAGGAACUCCAACACCAUCAUCAAUGCCACCACUACCUCCAACUUCUACCUCCAACUCCACCAUCACCAUCACCACCACCUCCAUCAUCACCACCAUCCUCAUCUUCACCACAAUCUCUGCGCCACCUUCAUGGGGGUCCCGGCCCUCCUGGUGCUGCUCCUUCUUGUCACUCAGCACUCAGUGUAUGGACCUCACACAAUCCCACUCUCCAACAGCCAGGGAAAUGACACAGCCUUCCGGAACGUUUCCAUAUGCUGGGUGCGGGACCCCUGGGUGCACAACAUCUUGGUCAUGGGCUACGGUGGCCUCACGUCUGUUUUCAACCUGGUGGUGCUGGUCUGGGCGCUGCGGCUGCUGCACCAGCUGCGGGCCCGGGAGGAGGUGCAGAGCCCCCGCGCCUGCCGGGACAGCGUCACCGUGCUGGGCCUCACCAUGCUGCUGGGCACCACCUGGGCCCUGGCUUUCUUCUCCUUCGGUGUCUUCCUGUUGCCCCAGCUCUUCCUCUUCACCACCUUCAACUCACUCUACGGUUUCUUCCUCUUCCUGUGGUUUUGCUCCCAGAGGUACCACGCGGAGGCGGAGGCCGAGGCUGAGAUGGAGGCGUUCAGCUCCUCCCAGACCAUGAAGUAGUCUGGGGCUCCUUGCCCAGAACCCGUGGCCUCUCUGGCUACCUGCAGCCCAGGACUCUGGCCUCUACCAGAAAAAGUGGCAGGCAAGGCUGCUGGAUGGCAGAGCCCUCCCUGGCCUCCAGGGAGACUUUUCAGCCUCCAUGGCUUCCCCAGGCCCAGAGGUCAGGGCAUUGCCCUGCCUCCACUGGCGUUCUGCUCCAGGACAGGUCCAACCCCACUGGGGGCCAGCAAACAUUGCCCUGGUGCCUGGGCCCGGUUAGCCCUGGUUAGGCUUGUGGGCAGAGGCUGGCCUGGGAGUCAGGAGCCCAUACUGCAAGGCUGGACUCUGUCUUACUGUACGACCUUGGGCCUGUCAUCCUCACUGACUGGUUUCCACAUGGGGACAUGGGGCUGACAGCUCCGGUCCUGCCUUACCCGAGAGCUUUGUGAAAACUGAAUGAGACCAGG